CACUUUCAUCAAAUAACAACUUGUUCAACCCCUAAAAGGCAAAAAAAGAGAGUAAAAAAUGGCAACUCCUAACAUAUCAAUCAACAAAAGGUCCUCAGAGAUUGUGUUUUUCGACUUGGAAACAAACGUUCCAUCGAAACCUGGACAGAAAUUUUGGGUGUUGGAGUUUGGUGCAAUGGUAGUUUGUUCAAGAAAGCUCGUUGAACUUGAGAGCUACUGCACCCUUAUUAGGCCAGGGGAUUUGUCAGUUGUUGGAUUAAAGUCAGGGAGAGUCGGUGGUAUUACGCGAAAAGCAGUUGCUGAUGCACCUUCAUUUGAACAUGUUGCACAAAAGAUCUUCAACAUUUUGGAUGGUAGGAUUUGGGCAGGUCAUAACAUACAGAGAUUUGAUUGUGUUCGUAUUAAAGCUGCUUUCGCUGAAAUUGGUUACCCUGCACCUGUGCCUGUUGGAAUUAUCGAUUCCUUAGGUGUUUUAUCUGAGAAAUUUGGUAAAAGAGCUGGAAACAUGAAGAUGGCUUCGUUAGCAGCUUACUUUGAUCUCGGGGAGCAAAAACACAGGAGCUUAGACGAUGUUCGGAUGAAUUUGGAAGUCCUAAAACAUUGUGCAACAGUUCUAUUUCUUGAAUCAAGUCUACCAGAUUUGUCAAUUGGGAACUGUCAAGGCACAACCAGCAUUACUACAAGAAGUAGAAGCCAAGUGCAAAAUAUUCCAAGUUCUCCGAUCGAUAAGUGGCAGAGUAGUCCUUCCUCAAUAACAACAAGGAGUAGUAGCAGAGGGAAAUUUCCGUGCAGAGAAGAAACAAGCCGGAAAUCUCCUCCAUCGACAAGUGCUGUUGGAUAUCAAAGAACUGUUCCUUAUGCAAGACAGAGCUUGGGAAAGGUGACUGCAGGUGUGAGGAACUUGUUGUGUAAAGCUCAAAACAAGCCUCUGAAUACUUUACUAAAGCAUUCGCAGACUCUCUUCUGAUGAACAAGAAGAAUCGAUCCUUCUCUCAUUUAUCGGAAUUCAAGCAUAAGGGGUGCAUAUAUACCUACAAGUUCACUUUCUUGGAAAAUGCCUGGAGGAAUUCUUUUUGGUCCACUAUGUGCCUCUUGAUGGAAAAUUCACUCAGUUCCAAGUUAACGAAUCUAUAUUCUUUGGUAACUGAUUCUUCAAGUUGUGGAGUUCUCUGUAAAUGUUUGUACCUCUCAAUGAAUAAAUUUCAGCUGAUAUUCUUUGAUUUGA